AUGAAGUGUUUUUUGCUCGUUACACUUCUUACUUUGUCGCUUGCAAACGCACAUUUAUUUAAGAAGAAACUCAUCCUCAGCUCCGAAUCGGAUGGUGGCCAUAGUGGUGGUGGAGGAGGUAGUUUUUCCAUAGGAGGUGGAAGUUUUGGGCUUUCGUUUGGAAGUGGACUGAAUGGAGCAGGAGCGGGAGGUGUCAAUGGUCAUGGAGGCUCUACUGGAGGAGGUUACGGUGGACCAAGCCACUCAAGCGGAGGAUAUGCUGGAGAUUAUGGUGGCGGUGCACCAAGCCAUUCGGGUGCUGGUGGAGGCGGUGGGCAUCAAAUAGCUGGAAGCAGUGCUUUUGCAAGUGCAAGUGCAAGUGCAGGAAGUGGAUCCUCAGUUCACGCCGGACAAGGUGAUCAUUCCAGUUACAGUCCAGCCUAUGGAGCCUCAUCCGGAUACGGACACAAUGGUGGUAAUGGUGGUGGAGCACAUGGAGGAACGUCUGGAUACGGACACAAUGGUGGUAAUGUUGGUGGACCUGUUCUACAUGCUCCCUCCGAUCAUCUUACUCCACCGGUAAGCACCGGCGGUUACCACGGAUCUGGUGGAGCCUCUCACAGCUAUGCAAACAGUUACGCUAGCGCUGGAGCUAGUGCCGGAGGACACGCUACUGUACCUCAGGGACCAGCUGGAGGCUCUUAUCAUGGUGGAUCACCCCAACAGUCGCAUGGGGUGGCCGGUCCAGCUCCUUCAGGCGUACAUGGUGGACAUGGUGGACAUGGUUUCACCAAGCAAAUCACAAUCACCAAACACGUCGAUCACAGUCCUCCGCCACGUCCGAUCGUCAUCGAAAAACCGAUACCAGUACCGGUCGAUCGACCUUAUCCGGUGUACAUCGAGAAGGAGGUACCAGUCACGGUGGUGAAGGAGGUCCCAGUUCCCACAGGAGGAAACAGUGGAGGUAGCUACGGAAGUGGUGCGGGACAUGCUGCAGCCAGUGCGAGUGCCAGUGCUAGCGCGCAUGCUGGAGCCAGUGCCGGUGGAUACGGUGGUAGCUACGGUGGUUCUAACGGAGGUGGACACGGAGGUGCUGGUGGCAAUAUUGGUGGAGGUUACGGAGGCGGACAUAGUGGAAAUGCUGGCGGGGGUGGAUAUGGAGGAGGUAGCCAUGGUGGAGGUCAUGGUGGCGCAUCGUUCACCAAGACGAUUACGUUCGAGAAAACCUUCAACAAGCAUAAACACCAUCUUCAUCAUCAUGGAUGGUGCGAUUUAACGAUGACCAUCGAUGACGAUGAUAGCUGGGAGUGCUCAUCAGCGAUCAGCCACGAUAAUCACCAUCAAGUGCUAUUGUUCACGAUGCGCAUUGCGUUAAAUUCGCAUGCGACGUUUAUAGCGCAUUCGACAAACGGAGGUAGCACGGAGGACACGAUUCGCAACAGAAAACGUUUCGAAACGAUUUUCACACCUAAAGCAAGCAUGAUUAAAUCGGUCGUCGGAUUAACGCCAGCCCCGAUGGGAUUCGUAGUGUUUGCGAUGGCCAUUGCCCUGGUGGCGAGUGCGGCCGUCGAGAAGAAGGAAGCCGAGGCGGUUCCUGCCAAGGACGGUGAAAAGAAGCAGGAAAAGCGUGGUCUGUGGGAACUCGGGUACGGUUAUGAGUCGCACGGUUGGGAUUCGCCCAAGCACGGCUGGGAGGAGCCGCAUGUGACCACCAUCACCAAGAAGGUUCACGUCCCGUACCCGGUCGAGGUGGAGAAGCACGUCCCGUACCCGGUGAAGGUGCCGUACCCGGUUACCGUCGAGAAGCACGUCCCGGUUGUGGUGGAGAAGAAGGUCCCGGUGUACGUCGAGAAGCAUGUGCCGGUGCACGUUGACCGUCCGGUUCCCUACCCGGUAAAGGUCCCGGUCAAGGUGGUGCACAAGGAGUACGUCGAGGUGCCAAAGCCCUACCCGGUGCACGUGGAGAAACACGUCCCGGUGAUCGUGAAGAAGCCCGUGUACGUCGAGAAGCACGUCCCGGUCGUCGUCAAGUCGCACGGAUGGGAACCUCAUUCCCACUCGUACUCUGAGUUCCAUUCGUGGUAA